GGGUGGCUGGUUGGCCGGAUUUUUCUCGGGAAAAUCCACAGAAAAAAGAAAGUUUUCAUUUUACUUUCAUCCCACGUUCGUUUUUUAACCGCGAAAGGCCCCGAUUGAUUUUGUUGGGGCUGGGCGAGGGCGAGGAGGAGGAGGAGGAGGAGGAAGACGAGGGAGGAGGGUUUGGGUUUGGGAGAAGUGUGAAGAUUCUGAUGGACUAUUGAAGGUGGGGCCCAAGGAAGAAACAUCGUUUAGGCGCCCCCCCCCCCCCCCCAGCACCAUAUAUCUUCAUCCUUCAUCGCCAUCUUCCUUCUUCUUCUUCUUCAUCUAUUCCCCAAAUCUCCUCUGUUUUUGUCUCUUUCUUCGUUUUUGUUUGUUAAUUUCUUCUGUACUGUUUUUAAUUCCAUUCCACAGAUCUCCUUGCUUUGUUAGGUGCACCUAAUUUUUGCUUAAAUCCCAACUGCUCAGAUCCCUUCCUUGCCUUACUAUUAUUUUUCUUAUUAUCAAACUGAUUGUUCUUCGGGACAGCUCCGAGAUUUGGGUUGUCCUCCAAAUUGAUUAUUCGCCGCUCCAAAUUGUGUUACUUGUGUGUGUGUGUGUAUAUAUUAUAUAUACUUCAUUUGUUCUGGUUCACACUUGGGCGGCGAGGCCCACUGCUUGGUUUGGUGGGCUUCGUCGGAGCCAUAAAGAUCACUUGUUCAAGUCUUCUGGGCAUGGUUUUUGGUUCUUUGGGGGUGGGAUUUGGAAGAAGAAAUUUCAAUCCAAAUCCUCGUUAUCUUUUGCCUGUGAUCCGUUCGACAUAAUGUUUUUCUUCUUGAUCACUUGCCUUUCCUUCUUCUGCUUCUGCAAGUAUUCGCUCCCUCUCAAGCCCCUCCCGGCCUGGGCUCACGAGAUGAGAUUGCUCUCAAUGUCCGCCUUCCAGAUCAAGAAAUCCAUUCGGAGCAGCCUCGCGGCCGGCGCCAUUGAAAUCGGCUUCUCCAAAAUGUCGAUGAAGAUGAUGAAUUCGUCGAAUUUCAAGGCGGAGGAGGGUAGGGAAGAGGAGACGAGCAUGCUGCUGGAGCUGCCGGAGCUGAUACUGGAUUGCAUCUUCGAGAGGCUGCCGGCGGACGGCCUCUGCACCAUGGCCAGCGUGUGCAGAGCGAUGCGCGAAAGGUGCACGAGCGAUCGCCUCUGGCGCAGGCACAUCAGCCACAAAUGGGGCCGAAUUAUAGGCCCUUCCGCCCACCGCCACUGGUACUGGCACUUGGCUUCAGCCAAAGAUUGCUCCGGUGGCUUCCAACGAAGAGGCGGGGGCAGUUUAAUCGUUUCUCUUUCUCGGCUCUGGCCUCUUUCCCUGAUCACAUCGAACCUCGACAACGCCAAGAGGAAGAAGACGACUAAUUUGCUGCCCAUUGGUUCUGUUAUGUCCUUGUAUAUAGCUCUUGAAACUGGCAAAUUCUCCUUCCCGGCUCAGGUCUAUAACCGCGAGAAUGGGCAUGUUGGGUUUAUGCUUUCUUGCUACGAUGCAGAACUUUGCUAUGAUCCCCGGACAGACACUUUCCAGGCUAGGUAUCCACCGCAUGGAAGAAGACCAGAUGCAAUAGAGAACGGCGUGAGUUGGGACCGGAUAAGGGCACCCCCCAUAGAUACCUCUCCUCAUGAUCUUCAUAUCUCUGACUGUUUGGACGAAUUACGGCCUGGUGAUCACUUUGAGAUUCAAUGGAGAAGAAACAAAGAAUUUCCAUAUGGUUGGUGGUAUGGUGUUGUAGGUCACCUGGAAUCAUGUAAUGGGAAUGAUAAUUAUUGUUUUUGUCACCAAAGUGAUACGGUGGUGCUGGAGUUCAACCAGUACUCACAGGGCUCCCAGUGGAGACGAACUUCCAUCAACCGGAGACACCACCGGGAAGAAGGAAACGAGGCAGACGGGUUCUAUGGCGGGAUUAGGAAACUUUGCAGCGAGGAUGAGAUCACCACGUGGAGACGGCUCUGGCCAUCAGUACCCUUGGAAUAACAGAGUCUAGUUUCAUUUGGAAGUAAAGAAAAUGGUGGCUUACCACCAUUGAUGGUCUUGCUACAAGUACGUGUACAUAGCUUCUAAUCUUCACACCGGGCUGGCAGGAAAAUCUUCUCCCUCUUCUCCUCUCGGACUCAGAAUGCAUACACCUUAGCUUUCACGGGAGAAUUUAGACGAAAACUUCAUGGAACGACAGCAAAUUUCCCAAAAUGCUGUCCUGAAGUACCAAAAUUACCACGUUUUAUACAGAAUUUUAUGUGGCUGCUUGUAUGAUGAACAUGAAUUAGUUGUUCUGAUGUACAAGGCAAAAUGGUUCCUGUGCCCGUCAACUUAUUAGUGAUAAACAAACACUCUUCAUCGUC